AAAAACAACGGUCGUAUCAAGCUGGGGCUCAAGAGCCUCGUCAACAAAGGUACCUUAGUACAGACCAAGGGCACCGGUGCUUCUGGUUCUUUCAAACUGAACAAGAAGCCGGGUGAGACAAAGGAGAAAGCAACUAAGAAAAAGCCCGCAGCCAAGCCCAAGAAGCCGGCGGCCAAGAAGCCCGUCAGCGCUGCCAAGAAGCCUAAGAAAGCUGCUGCAGUGAAGAAGAGUCCCAAGAAAGCCAAGAAACCGGUGGCUGCUGCUGCCAAGAAGGCUACUAAGAGCCCUAAGAAGGCUGCCAAGGCAGGUCGGACCAAGAAGGCAGCAAAGAGCCCGGCUAAGGCCAAGGCAGUGAAGCCCAAAGCAGCCAAACCUAAAGCGGCCAAGCCCAAAGCUGCCACAGCAAAGAAGGCAAAAAGAAGUAAAAAGACUGAGAAGCAAUUAGUCUACUCAUUUAAAUAA